GUGAGUGGCAGCAGAGGACCGGAAGUCUACCUGAAGUCUACCGGAAGUUGUAGUAGAAGAAGAAGAAAACCUAAACAAACCUCCUCCAUGUGGAUCUGUUGAUAAACUACAGUUUACAUAUAAAACUACAAACUAAAGCCGCUGAUUUUGAGUUAAAAUGGAUGAAGAGCAAACGGCCGGGUACAGGGAGCCCUGUGGUGUGUGUUCAGCGGUGGAUUGGGGAGUUUCAGACGAAGGUCGUUUCUACUGUAGAUCCUGCCACAACGUCAUCGAGAGGACCAGAGAGGUGGUGGACUCCACCUUCACACCCGGCUCCAACAGGAUCUCCACCAUCGGCAGAGGAAGCAGAACCAAGAGGCCCGAGAGCGGGCGUCAGUGGGUGAUCUGUGAGGGUUUCCAGUUCAUCCUGAGGAACCAGGCCAACGCUCUGGUCAAACUGGGAGUCAGUCCACGAUUCAAGGAUGAAGUGUUGUGUCAGCUGUGGAGGAUCUACCUGCAGAAGAGUCGACAGGCGUACACCCACAACCCAGCGAGGACCGCAAGGUUCAACGUGCGAGGUCCGAACUCGGACUCGGACAGUGCAGCUGAUUUGUCCGUCAUGUCGGCCAGCGAGACGGACGGAGACACAAACCCGUCCAGCAGCGCCGCCUCCAACGCAGGGAGUUCCAGUGAUUGGUCGCAGUGUUCGGGCUCCGUGGACGCCGCCAGCUACCUGUCUGCCCGGCUGAGGAGGAGUCGACACACUCUGAUGAGCAUGAAGAAGACUCUGGCUCUGAUCCACCUCGCUCUGGUCUGGAGCCGCGAGCCGCUGACGCUCAGUGACCUGCUCAGGUUGGUGAAUGAAGGUCACGUCCCGUACGUCAACGCUUACGAGGAACUUCCUGACGAGAUGAAGCUCGACGGCAAAGACGGUCUCAUCUUCAGAGUCGAGAGCGUCCCUCCCCACCGGGCGGUGCAUAAGGAGGCUCAGACUCUUCUUCUGUUCCUGCAGCUUCCUGCUUUUCCUCCAAUCAGCCGGCAGAGUCUGCUGCACCCGGCGCUGCUCAGCCUGCGCUACCUGACGGACGCCAACCUGCCCGACGAGCUCCACCCGUUGGUCUGCAGGCUGAUGGAGCGCGCCGGUAUGGCGGAUCAGUCGCUCCACACGUUCGACCUCUUGGCUCAUCCCGUCCUGCCGCGUUACGACGUCCAGACCGCCGCCCUCGUCGUCGUCACCAUGAAGCUCGUCUUUGGCCUGGACGACCACACCGAAUGGGAUUUAUCCAAUGAAGCAGGCGACCAGGACGACAAAGGAAACAUGUUCAACCUGAGGAGGUGGUUCAGACUCCUGCAGGCCGCUCUGAUCAAAGCUCAGCGGAGGAGAGACCACGACGUCGCCAGGAAACAGUGGACAGCUAAGAAACCUAUUUACCAAGAGAGAAAGCAGAAAUGGACCGUGAUGAAAAAGAAAAGAACAGCAGAACAGGUGCAGAUCUGUUUUGAGAAGCUGUCUUCUCGUCCGGCGAAUGUCGAGCGCGUCGAUUCGUCCAGCUUCCAGUUCUGUUGGGGGGACGAGGACGGAGCGGACGGACCCAGUCUGCACCAGAAGACGCUGGAUGGAGUUAUGACCCUGAGGGACGACGUCCUGACUCCCUCCAACUCUACAUACUGGCAGCCAGCAUUCAGAGACAGCCGGAUGUGCACGAGUGUUUACUCGGAGUUGGAGGCGAGGCUGCCCCGGAUGUUCGUCUGGCUGCUGCAGCUCUUCUGCUUCCUGCUGGACGUGAAGCCGGCGUACUUGUUCGAGGAGGUGCUGAGGGUGGAGAGACGAGUCAUCGGCAGCAAAAAGUCCAGGAGGAGGAAGAAAAAGACUGAGACCAGGACCGGGACCAGAACCAGGACCAGGACCAGAUCUCGGGGAGAACCAGAAACUGGAGAAACGAGAUGAAAGACCUUCAAGUAACGUAAGCUGUUUGUCCAGGAAUGACACUUUAACAUCAUGUUACCAUCGGUGCAUUCAAGGACGCUCUGAAAUCAAAGUUCUGAGAGUCGUCUUCUGUCUGAAAAUCAAACCCGUUUUUUUUUCACGCUGUGUGUGAAGUGUUCUAUGAACGUCACAGGUUUGAUUUCAGCUGCAGUCGGUUCCUUAAAGACACAGUGAACUGAAAACUGUCCUGUUAAUGUGUGUUGAAAUGUUCAUUUAUCUCUUUAAAACACAUAUAUAUAUAAUAUUUUUUAAAGGUCUCAUAUUGUGCUCAUUUUCAGGUUCACACUUGUAUUUUGUGUUUCUAUUAGAACAUGUUUACAUUCUGUAAUGUUAAAAAAAACACGUUAUAUUCCUCGUACUGUCUGCCUGAAUAUACCUGUAUUUACCCUCUGUCUGAAACGCUCCGUUUUAGUGCAUUUCAACGGAAUUGCGUUGCUAGGCAACCGCUUGGGUCCAUGAUUACUUCUUGCCAGCUGAUGUCAUUAACAUACACUGCAACAGGAAAUAAACGGGGACACAUUUAGAAUGUUUAUGUUUAAAACCGCGUAAUGGUCUAAAUAUUGUAUAUUUGUGACAUCACAAAUGGACAGAAAUCCUAAAGGCUUGUUUCAAACGCACAAUUUCUGGAUACAGGCUGUGUGUAUUUCUGCGUAUAUUGAGCGUUUUGAUAGUUUAACAGCAUUUAUAAAGCACUUAAACCUAUUUUAUGAUGUAUAAGACCUGAAAAUCUAACUUUCUACAAUAUGGGACCUUUAAGACUCUGUUAUAUACAGUUACAUAAAGUUUUUUGUGCGUUGGUAUCGACUCAAAGUGUUCAAAGACAAAGUGACUCUAAAAUGUUUCUUGUGUUUGUUUUUUACUGAUAAUAUGUGCCAGAUUGAACACACAUGAUCAUCACGUUUAUCACAAAUGUUAUUUAAUAAAUGAGCCAAAAUGAUCAUCA